AUGAGUCCAAAACGAAUUUCUGAAAUUAUUAAGGUGAUUAGAAGUGAUGAAAUUGAUAUGGAGGUCAAGUUGAAUUUGAUGAAUUUACGUCUGUCUGUUGCUUCAGUUACUGAGAUUUUUCGGGUUUUGAAUUUAGAAAGAUUGUCUGCUAUGCGAUUCUUUGAAUGGAUUAGUCAUUCGAGAUCAGGGUUGAGCCGUAAUUAUGAUAUCUGUAGUUUGAUUAUUGAUAACUGUGGGCGGUUGGGUGAUUAUGAGACAAUGAGAUGUCUUUUAAAAGACUUUAAUUCAAAACGUGUUUGUCUUACUAGCAAGGCAUUUGGGUUUGUGCCUGUUUUUACUUUGAGUAAGGCCUCAAUUAUGGAUUUUGUGAGGAAACUGAUAGAAGUGUUGGAUGAUGUUGGUGGCGUAUGCCGUCGUUCUGGGUUAUUUGGUUUGAUUGAAAUGUUUAGUGUUUCCGGCUCCUUCGAAAUGGCUAAGUUUGUGAUGGAGAUAACAGAGAGGAAAACAUCAUAUUAUAAUAUUUUGGUUAGGGAAAUGUGUCGGAAGUGCAAUUUUAAAGAAGCACGUGAUCUGCUUGAUGAGAUGCGGCUGUUUGGUUGUAGGCCAAAUGCUAAAACUUAUAAUUACCUACUUAGUAGUUUAUGUAAGAAUAAUCGAGAUGACGAAGCUUGCAACGUGCUUGAAGAAAUGCAGGAAGCUGGUUGUCCUCCUGAUGCUUUAACCUUUGAGAUCUUUAUAUACUACACAUACAGGCUUGGAAAGUUGGAUUUUGCAAUCAAGUUUCUUGAUCAGAUGGUAUCUAGGGGGCUUGAACCUCGGCUUACAACACAUGCUGCCUUUAUCAAAGGCUAUUUCCAUUCCAGACGAUAUGAAGAAGCAUAUGAGUAUGUUGUUGAUUCAGGUGUCACAUACAAGUGGCCAAGCAAUAUGAUUUACAGCUUGCUUGCCAGCCUUCAUCAAAGAAAUGGAAAUCUUAUCAGUGCUCAAAAGAUUCUUAUUGAGAUGAUUGAGAAGGGUCUUAAACCAAACUUUUCUGUUUAUAAGAGGGUUUUGGAACAUCUUGACAAGUCAGGUAGGGAAGAUUUGGCUGGAGAUUUAAGAAGCAGGUUCUCUAGUUUGAGUUUCCAGUCAAGUACUGAAACUGGAUGA